UUAUGUCUUGCCUGAUUUGUGCUUUGUAACAGUGUGUUAGCAGUUUUUAUUUUUUACCCAGUUGGCUGAAAAUUAAUUCAGAGGAAACGUCUCGCUAAAAUAGUCGCCGCAUGGCGAGUUUGUUGGAAUUUUAAUAGGGAAAACGAUACCGGACGGAGUUAGCUAAUGUAGCUAACGUUUGCUAUCCACAUUACACUAUAUUCGCUAACUUCAACUUGCAGGAUGUCUAAACUUGAACGUUUGAAUGCUCGUGUGGCCAAGCUGCUGACUGAGGCGGUGCAGGAGGUUCUGGAGGUGGUGAAGGAGACGGUGUCAGAGUACCAGGAGAAAACUGCCAGAACACAGAGAGAGAACGAGAGCCUGAAGAGAAGACUGCAGGAGCUUCGGGACAAGAUAAGGAGAGAUGGUAAAGUUGUUGUACAAACAAGUAGUCCAUUACCCGAAGAACAAGAAGACACACAAAAUCAAGAGCAGGAUUUGGGACUCGCUUUGAGGCAGAUCACAGAACUCCCUGUGACAGAGCAAAACCCGGUAGGCAGCCACAAACCACCUGACCAUGACGUCAAGCAGGAAUCCAAACAACAGGAGAACUACAAUAACAUUGAAUCACAAGCUGAGUGCAACGUGGCACCAGCAGCAGAACAUUGCCAAGCAAAAUCAGAGGUGACACACGUCAUUGAGGAGGCAGUGACAGUCCACACAUCACACAGUCCAAACAGGGACAUCAGUGCUGUCACAUCCAAUAAUGCUUGCACCUCUGACUCCAGCACCUCACUUGGGGUAAACUUGGCUGUUAUCAAAAGAGAGCCAGAACCAACAGACUGUACAACGUCCGAACCACCACGUCUCCAGGAACGAUAUAGUGGAUGUGUGGAUUUGAGCUGCAACUCGUCUUGUUACAACUCUGCUGAGACGCACAGGCCAGAAGUGAGUGCUGAACCUUGUGGACUUGUCUUUGUCCACUCGAAUCACGGCGUACCUAAGAGGCAUGCAUUUGCAAAAACAAACAGGGCUGCAUUUGACGGGAGAAAAAUCAGGACAGAGCAUUUCCAGAGAGAUGACUCACACUCGUGUGUUGUUUGCGGAAAGACGUUCAGCAGGGUCGGGAACUUGAGAAUCCACCAGCGUUGUCACACAGGGGAGAAGCCGUAUGGCUGUAUACAGUGUGGGAGGCGUUUUAGCCAGGCAGGAGACCUGAAAAAACACAAGAGGGUCCACACAGGGGAGAAACCUUAUUACUGUAACCAGUGUGGAAAGAGCUUCAGCAGGGGGGAGAAUCUGAAAAGACACCAGAAGAUCCACAUUGGAGAGAUUUUACACUUACAGCAAGUGUGGAGGGAGCAGCAGCAAUGAUUAAUAUACUGGACUCACUGCAAAUGAGCAAAUUCAGCACACGUACUUUGUGAAGAAUCUAUGAAGGAUCAUUUUUGGUCUGUGCCCUUAGUUUGAGAAAUAGUUGCAAGAAACAGUUGCUAAAGAACUCAAAGGAAGAGCUCAAUGUUACCAGGAGUUACUUACUGCUCUGGUAUGUGGCCAGUCAUGUGUUACUUAUGCUUGUCUUUUUGUCCCUCUGAUCAUGAUGAAACAGGGCUGUAGAAGUAAUCACUUAACCAAAGAGGCUGAAGCUUUACACAUAGAGAUGCACUAAUAUAAAGGCGUAGUAUCAGUAUCUGAAUCGAUACCUAAUAUUGUUUUUGGCUAACAAGAUUAGCUUACUUAUGUUAGUAGAACAACAUAAAAAAGAAAUAUGCUUCAAUGGUCCUGCACAUUCAAGGUACAUUCAUACAGGUGAUUUAAAUUAUUUUGGCUCAUUAGAGCUCCUGUUGCACCUGUUAAGGCAUCACAUAUUUGAGUUUUGUGUGCUUCACGUAAGCAGAGGUUUAAUCAGCCAGAAUAAGUGAAAACACUAGCAGGGGUGAACAGGCCUUUUAAGAUGGACAUGAGUAAAUUGCAGAUUUUAUUAAUUACCUCCAAUUUUAUUUAAAUGCAUAAUAUAACCUGUAAUGUGUCAGACAGUAUAGAAAGGUAACUUUAAGAGACGCUGCUUUCUUAAAAAAAUAAAAAGUAAUGAAAAAAAAAGCUCAUAUGGGUGCAUCUCUACUUUGCUAAAAACCACUAUUGUAUUUGGUCCAAACAGGUUUAUAUCCAGUGAGCCUUUGGUCUAAAGAGCAGGUUUAAACUUUUCAAGUUGACAGUUUUAUUUUGUGUAACACACAUCCUUUGGUCAUGUACAGAAUGAGUUCUCUUAUGUUAAGUAAGUAAAUGCUGAAGACAAUGAUUGAAAGUUUUUAAAAUAUGAAAAGCAUGAUUGUCAUUGAAAUUGCCUGAUUUUCAUACAGAUUGAAACUUGCUGAAUGCUGGAUGUGUUUAUUGCAGAUUUAGUUAGGAUUAAAAACAGAAAAAUAGAGUUUUGUGCAACAAAAGCAAUAAAUUAUUCCCACCCCAAAUGACUCAAUGACUGACGUUUCAAGUUUUUCAUCAGAGGACUUGUUAACGGCACUCAAGGGCU